GCCGUCCUAGUCGGACGGUUCUCUCCGACUGAAGCCUGGCCCCGGAAAGUCUCGCGCAAACCAACAGCCGCCUCUGUUUCUCCAAGUGAAACAGAGGCACGCGAAAUAUUGUGACAAGUUCAAAACUUUCCUCAACUUCUAAGUGAGUGUUUAAUGAUUGGGGACCAGUGCUUCAAGGCGCGAGGUUGACAUCAAAAAGGAUCGGCAAAUGCCAUCAAGAUGCCUGUAAUCAAAUCUUGCUGUUGUUGGCGCAGCUUGCGCCGUGGUUGCUACGCAUCGGCCUCGUACACUAUGAUGUAUUUUGCUGUGACCAUUAUCACCAUGGGUCACUUCAUCGAGGUUGAGCAUCGCUAUCUGAGCGGCCAGAUGACCAAACCUGAGUCGGAGAGCUUCUUGGAGCCAGACAAGAUUACACCCAUUACCGUAUCUUUGAAUAUUACCCUACUGGCCUGCAGCACUCUGGGACUGGUAUCCUGCAUUCUUUUGAUUGUGGGCGUUUAUAAGGACAUUAAGUUCUUGCUGGUGCCGUGGAUCAUCUCCAUGGGACUUGAGACUCUCGUUGAAGUAAUCAACCUCGUCUAUCUGUUCUACCUCCAAACGCUUAACUUCAAUCCAAUAACUGCUUUCCUCUUCACUCUCGACUUUUUCAUCAUCGUCUUGAACGUUUACACGAUGCUCUGCGUAAUUUCCCAGUUCCAAGAAUACCUUGCUGGCCGCGGUACUGCCGCUUUCGACUCCAACGACCGUCUCGCGUCGGUGCAAUACACGGCGACGGCCCCACUCACCACUACCACGAGUUCGGCACCAAGUGGCCGUCGUCGAUCUGCUGGCAGACCAGUACCGAGUCGAUGCGAUCCCGAGGAAUAUUCCGAGGUCCCAACGAAAAUUGCUUCCGUACUUUCAAAGACGUCUCGCUCGACAGUAAAGAAACACGUACAGUUCCCCGAUGAUCGGAGCUGUAUUGAAGAAACUACUGAAGCACCGCCAACUGUUGAAGAAAAACCUGAAGCACGUGUAAUCAGCUCUUUGUGGAUGGAGCUGGAGACGGAGGCGCCUCCGCCGGAACGCUGACGGCGGCGCAGCGAGCAGUACUAUCGGCCGGUGUCGCGCGCGCGUCUCGAACGCCGCAAGAUGUCCGCCGCCGGUGUACCGCCCGCCGAUACUGACACCAAAGACUCAUAUCUAUAGUCAGAGCAAGGAUUGUGAUCGAAAACAUCUUAUAUCUUUGUUUCAAUCAUUCAUUCAAAGAUUACCAUCAAUCCAAAUUAACAUCACAAAAAUUUAUCA